AUGGCCAGGGUGAAUGCCCGGCCGGUGUCAGUGAGGGCGGUGGCCCUGGUGCAGGCUGGGAAGUCCCAGACGUUCGUCUUCUCUGUGUGCUGGGCGGAAGGUGGUGGCACGCUAGUGCGCAGGAGCCAAGAAGACUUCAGGAGGAUCCACAAGAUGCUCCGUGAGAUCUUCCCGGUGGAGGCAGGCAGGCUGCGUAAAUCCGACUGUGUCCUCCCCAAGCUUCCGGAGGUGCCGCUGCUGGCACGUGGCAGGGGCACACGCUGUGGCCUGGAGCGCCUGCGGCUCCUGGAGGCCUAUGUCCGGGCACUGCUGGCAGUGGAGCACGUGUCCCGGAGCCCAGCAGUCACCAGUUUCCUCGAGCCCCAACCCUUGGAUCUGGAGCCCAGGUUGCCACAUGGCAGCCUGGUGACCCUGCAUGUCCCGGAGGAGUCUCUCCCGGCCCCGGAGGGCAGCCCAGACAUCCGCAGCGUGGAGGCCCAGAACCUGCACUGCCUGCAGCCUUACAGCACCCAGGACACAUGGGGCCGGCCCUUCCAGGUGCAGGCGCAAGAGGCCCUGGGGGUGCUGCUGCGACACCCCUCAGGCUGGUGGCUGGUGGAGAAUGAGGACAAUCAAACCGCCUGGUUUCCUGCCCCCUACCUGGAGGAGGCCGCCCCGGGCCAGGAGCAGGGCAUGCCACUGGGGAGCAGCGGGCCGAGGCUCUACAUCUCCCAGGCCUACGAGGGCUGCAGCCCCGAGGAGCUGUCGGUGCCCUCGGGGGCACACAUUCACGUGCUGCAGACGUCAGACCGGGGCUGGUGGCUAUGCAGGUACGGAGGCCAGGAGGGCCUUUUGCCAGCUGUGUUCCUGCGGCCUGACAGGCUGGGCUCCCUCUUGGGAGGAGCUGCUGGGAUGGAACCGGCCCGCAAUUGAGGGCAGCUGACCCCGUCCACCAAGAUACUUGGCCAGGAAGGAGCCUUGGCCCAGCCCCUUGGGCAACCUGGAGCCCUACUGCACCCUGAGGGUCCUGACACUGGCCAGCUGCUCUGCCUGGUGCCACCUC